AUGGACAACGACAAAAGUAACGUAACCGUCUCCGGUUACGUCCCUCUCUACGACCACAGCACCGAUACCUAUGUGCAGAAGAGCGACUCUCCAGUUUGUAUCGACUGGAAGAUUGCAACGGACGACAAGCUUGCCACGGUCGUGGACUCCGGCACAGCAUACACCACUUCCGAUGUUGACUUCACCGUCAAGGUUGAGGCCAAGAAACUGGCACCAUACACUUUCUCCGUUUGCAACUCCAACAAUACUUCGCCCGUCGGCCGUACCAAGACGAUUCCCUCCAAGGAUGCAAAGGUUGAUUCUCCUGUGAGAAUUGCCGUGUACUCUUGCAGCAACUUCCCUUUUGGUUUCUUCAACGCUUAUGGAAACCCGGUGAGAAAGGACUCAGUCGACUAUGUCGUCCAUUUAGGUGACUACAUUUACGAGUACGGGAAUGGCGAGUACGGGUGGGGCAACUCUCUGGACCGCAUUCCGCUGCCUGACCGCCAAAUUUAUACCCUGUACGACUAUCGAAAGCGCUUGGCAACUUACAGAACGGAUCUGGAUCUGCUUGCCAGUCAUCAACAAUUUCCCUGGAUUCCAGUCUGGGAUGACCAUGAGGUUUCUGACAAUACGUGGAGAGACGGAGCUUCAGAGCUGAAUAACACUGAAGAGUCAUUCAUCAUGGAUGGGGGCGUCUCUGUUGACCAGCGCAAGAUGAACGCUGUUCUGCCAAUCCGCCAAGUUGACAUGGAUGACAACCUCCGUAUCUGGAGAGACUUCAGCUUCGGCAACCUUUUCGAUUUGAUCAUGCUCGACACGCGGCAAUAUGAUCGAGCUAUCACCGAUGUCUAUUGGAACACUGACUACGUCAACUCCAUCAAGAAUGAAGCAAGUCGCUCCCUAAUGGGACCUCGCCAGGAAACUUGGUUCUAUCGCACUCUUCGCGACAGCUCCACUCGUGGCGCACAAUGGCGCGUCAUUGGCAACCAGAUCAUCUUUAGCCGAAUGAACGAGAGCUUGUCUUUUGGAGCCGAGAAUCCAUUCAAUACUGAUCAAUGGGACGGGUACCAGGCCAACCGCAACCGCACCUUCGAAGUUCUCUACGAGCAGAAUGUGAGCAACAACAUCUUUCUCGCCGGUGACUCACACGCCUCAUGGGUUUCAGACCUUGUCUGGCUCGGCGAGCACGAGUAUGACCAGAACACUGGUUCCGGAUCCGUGGGUGUUGAGUUUGCGGGAUCUGCAGUCAGCUCGCCAUGCCCUGCAGGCCAAAAUAUCUCAUUGGCAAACGCGAAUGUCGGCUCUGCAUGGCUCACAAACGCAAACCGCGAGUUGCAGUGGCAGGAUCUCUUCUACAGGGGAUACUACGAGCUUAGCAUUGACUACAAUGCCGUCAACGCCUCGUUCUUCGGAAUUCCGACCACAAGGAUCAAGCAAGGCUACGAGAUCUCGCUCGCUAACUUCACAGUCAUUGCCGGUGAGAAUAAGUUGCACCGACAGAAUGGCACUACUGCUGUUGGUGGCAUCGCCGAAAGCGGCAGUUUGAAGAACGGCCUGGUUGUGCAAACAAACAUUACGCACGACACCGGAUCUGGCGAUUACCUCAAAUACGACUCACCAUAA